AACCGAAGAAGUCUGAAAAUUUUUGUUGGUGGCAUUGCCUUCGAGCACGACGAGGAGACAAUACGAAAUUUCUUUCAAACCUUCGGAACGGUUACUGACGUAAACCUCUUGUCAAACCCUGGUCGCCAAAGGCACAGAGGUUUUGCUUUUGUUGGGUUCGACGACGAAGAAGUUGUAAAAAAGCUUAUCAAAAUGCAUUACGCCAAUCUAAACGGGAAACAGAUGGAACCUGGAAUCAGUGGCCAAACGCAACGGAAUCCGGAAACUGGAACCCUCCUCGUGGACCAAUGCCCCCACAAGGACCCCAAAAUCAAUCAUGGAACCCUUCCUUAUGGAGUGGACCCGGGUCUGGCAACGGAGGAAUUUCGAACCAUGGACACUCAACAUCUGUUUCAAACCCCGCUGGUCUCCCUAACGGUGUGGGUUGGG